GUGGUUACUUCCCUUUCCAGCUCUCUAAAGCAGUUCUACAAUUCAGAUCACAUUUUCAUUAACGUUCAUUCCUCUCCAUUCGCAAGAAGACAUGCCUUUCUGAGUUAAGCUAGUCACAAGACACACUCUGCAGCCAUGGGGGAUUGGUCCUACCUCUCCUCUCUGCUUGACAAGGUCCAGAGUCACUCGACGCCCGUCGGCAAGAUCUGGAUGACCGUCCUCUUCAUCUUCCGGAUCCUGGUUCUGGGCGUUGCGGCAGACAGUGUCUGGGGUGAUGAACACUCUGACUUUUACUGUAACCAGAAUGAGCCUGGCUGCUUGAAUGCCUGCUAUGACUGGAAGUUCCCCAUCUCACACAUCCGCUUCUGGGUCCUCCAAAUCCUGUUUGUCUCCACACCGACACUGCUCUACCUGGGUCACGCAAUCCAUGUGAUCCACAAGGAGAAGAAGAUGAAGGAACAAAUCCAAAACCAGAACCUGAUGGUCUUUCCGGGGAUGAAGAAGUACACAGACGACAACGGGAGAACCAAGAUCCGAGGUGUUCUCCUGCGCAGCUACUUUGCCCAGCUGUUCUUCAAGAUUGGCCUGGAGGUGGCCUUCAUUGUGGGCCAGUACUACCUCUAUGGCUUCAUCAUGAUCCCCUACUUCGAGUGUUCUGAAGACCCCUGUCCAGGCAGGGGGGUGCAGUGUUACAUGUCCCGGCCCACAGAGAAGACCAUCUUCAUCAUCUUCAUGCUGGUGGUGGCCUGCUUGUCCUUGCUACUGAACUUCAUCGAGGUCUUCUACCUGAUUUGCACCACAAUUAAUCGAACAAAGAAGGCCUUGAAGGAAGCGAACCGGAUGAACUCUGCAGGGACCCCAGCCAGCCUCUACAGUCCCAUCUGCCCCAACACAGAGAGUUAUCCUAUGCAGACCCCUGGAGCCAGCUGUCCUGAAGAAAAGAAAGAGAAAGAUACCUGAGUCUCAGGCAUCCCAAAAAUAUGUUGCUGGUGAUUUUGUGUUACGUUGUUCAGGUUAUAUACUUUUGUUGCUAUAGUUCCCAUCUGUUCAAAUGUGACUGAAAGAUGAGUGGAGAAAAUGUGUAUUUGUUUUGAUUUCGUCUGGCUGAUUGCUUAAAAAUUCCUUUCUGAAUGUUGCCAAUUUGACUAGAUCGGUUUCUUGACAUAGGUUCAACAAAGAAUAAGUUUAAAUUUUGCUUCUUGAAGGAAUUUAAAACGUGAGUUCUGAUUUGUUUUAAAGUCUGGUUUCUCGGAAUUCCCCUAGGUGGCGCUAUACACUAAGUGAUGUUGAACACAUCAGCGGCCGAUUUCAGGUAGAUUUAAAUGCCUCUAUUUAUCCAUGUCUCUUGAGAGACAGCGCAUGUCUCAUUAAUAAGGUAAACCAACUUACUUUAAAAUAUUUUAAUUACUACUCAAUACGUAGCACAGUUCACAUAUACCUGCCUUCUCAGAAUAACUCAAACAAGUCCAAUUAAAAUUCACUUUGGACAAAAUGCCCUGGUAAAAAAAGCAUCUUUCUAUUAAGUCAUUUAAGACAUCAUUAGUUUAUCCGUCUAAAUCGAUAUUAUCAUUAAAUUAUCUUUUUCCCCUCAAUCUCAAACUGACUGCCUACUCCACACACAUUUGUGAUGCACUUGUGAAGUCCCUUUGGGCUCCCUUCCUGCUUUUCACUAACAGUCCAGGUAAGAUUUUCUGUUUUUUUAACCUGGAGAACUAACUUUGUGAGUUGUGCUUUUUUGUCCUUUUUUCUUUUUUUUGCAGUUUGAGGCAAUGCUCAUAAACUUUUGCUGCACUCUGUUUCCAAACACAGCGUGACUGUAUAACAAGUUACAGUUAUGUAAUACAUUUAAAAACAAGUAAAACAUUCUUAAUCUAGUUAUCCCGCAUCCGCAGUAGACAUUAAUAAUAUAUUUUAUUUGUAACUCUAAAACGUUUGAAACGUUAAAAACAUUUUUUGUUAGACAGCAGGCACCUCUUCUUACUGGGAAGAGAGAGAGAGAGAGAGAGAGAGAGAGAGAGAGAGAGAGAGAGAGAGAGAGAGAGAGAGAGAGAGAGAGAGAGAGAGAGAGAGAGAGAGAGAGAGAGAGGUAAGAAGUAAGACACGUCUUGGGGUAUUAAUGAGAAUUUACUCACAUAAUCACAUGAUAGUUCGCAAAUGUACAUUUACAUUUUACAUGUAUUCAUUUAGCAGGCGCUUUUAUCCAGAGCGACUUCCAAGAGAGAGCUUUACAAAGUGCAAAGGUCACUGAUUGUAAGAGCCAAUUUGAAGAGUUUUGUUGUAUAAAUUAAUAUUGUUUAUCUAAAUCUGUAAAGUCAUGGUUUCAUGUAUGGAGAAAUAUUGUUUUAUUUCGUGACUGUAGAGUGCAUUGAUUGGAUAAAUGAGUGGAAUGCAUUGCAGUGGAGAAGGGUGGUCAUGUGACCAAUUUAUACUUGUUCAGUUGAGAUGGUCAGGUUACGGAGCAACACAUUUUUCUGACCGACAACGACAACGACACCACGAAGAUUAUUAAUAUACCGAUUUUCUGCUAGACCAAAAUAAUUCAUGUUUGCUUGUAUAUAAAGUUUUUGUCAGUAAAGGUUUAAACCGAAGAUUUGUU